AGAAGAAAACGGGAGAUCUCUGUUUACAGCGAUAUCGGUGGGCAGCUGUCGGACCGAUGAAGUCGUGAUUUAUCAGGGGAUCUAUUAGAUGUGAUCAAACUAUUAAAAUAAUCUGAAACCAUAAAGUAGAAGAAAAUGCAGGAUGACGCGCGGUACCUCAAACGCAAAGUGACCGCAGGCAGUUUGGAUGUCCACCCCACAGAGAAGGCCCUGGUGGUCCAGUAUGAGGUGGAGGCGUCCAUUCUGGGAGAGGAUGGAGGACCGAUGCUGGGGGAACGCAAGGAGGGACAAAAAAUUAUCCGUGUGAAAAGCCUCUCUCCUACCACAGAUGUGGCAGCGUUGGCCAGGAAGGUGGUGGAGGAGUGUAAGCUCAUCCCUGCCUCCCGUUUGCCCCAGGUGGAGCACCUGCUCUACUACCUGCAGAACAGGAAGUCCUCCCCCGUGGAGGGGAAAGCAGAGAAGAAAGAGAGAAGAGCAGCGAAGCCCAAAGACCUGACGCCGUUUGAAGGGAUGGAGCUAAACGAGGAGGCCAGCAUCACCAGGAUGGAGGAGUAUGUGGAGCUGCUCUAUGAAGGCAUCCCAGAGAAGAUCAGAGGCGCUUCUCUGAUUUUGCAGCUCGCCCGCAACCCCGACAACCUGGAGGAGCUGCUGCACAACGAGGCUGCUCUGGGAGCUCUGGCCAGAGUGCUGAGGGAGGAUUGGAAACAGAGCGUAGAUUUGGCCACCAGCAUCAUCUACAUCUUCUUCUGCUUCUCCAGCUUCUCCCAGUUUCACGCCGUGGUGAGUCACUAUAAAAUAGGAGCGUUGUGUAUGAGCGUGGUGGAGCAUGAGCUGAAGAGGUAUGACGUGUGGCGCGAGGAGCUGCGCAAGAAAAGCAAGGCUUGUGAGUCAGCACCAGAAAAUGGCUCCCUAAGAAGAGACCAGGACAAAGCUCUGAGGAAAUACCAAGGCCUUCUGGCUAAGCAGGAGCAGCUUCUCAGAGUGUCCCUGUACCUGCUGCUGAACCUCGCUGAGGACACGAGGACGGAGCUGAAGAUGAGGAACAAAAACAUCGUGGGUCUGCUGGUCCGAGUUCUGGAGCGGGACGACGAGGAGCUGCUGGUGCUGGUGGUGUCGUUCCUCAAAAAGCUGUCCAUCUUCCUGGAGAACAAGAAUGACAUGGCGGAGCUCGACACCGUGGAGCGCCUGGCGCGUCUCGUUCCCUGUGACCACGAGGACUUGCUAAACCUGACGCUGCGCUUGCUGCUCAACCUCUCCUUUGACUCGGGACUCAGAGCCAAGAUGGUGGAAGUGGGGCUCCUACCCAAGCUGACGGCGUUGCUGGGCGACGAGAGCAACCGGCAGGUGGUGAUGCGCAUCCUGUACCACGUCAGCAUGGACGACCGCUUCAGAGGCAUGUUCGCUUACACCGACUGCAUACCUCAGCUGAUGCAGAUGCUGUAUGACCACGGCGGCGAGGAGAUUGAAGCCGAGCUCCUCUCCAUCUGCAUCAACCUGGCCGCGAACAAAAGGAACGCGCAGCUCAUGUGUGAAGGAAACGGGCUGAAGAUGUUGAUGAAGAGAGCUCUGAAAACCAAAGACUGCCUGCUGAUGAAGAUGAUCAGAAACAUCUCCCAGCACGAAGGCCCAACUAAACCGCUGUUUAUAGACUACGUCGGCGACCUGGCGGCAGAGAUCCGCACCGAGGAAGAGGAGGAGUGGGUGCUGGAGUGUCUGGGCACGCUGGCCAACCUGACUAUCCCCGACCUCGACUGGGAGCUGGUGCUGAAGGAGUAUAACUUGGUACCUUUUCUCAAAGACAAACUCAAACCAGGCUCGGCGGAGGACGACCUCAUCCUGGAGGUGGUCAUAAUGAUCGGCACCGUUUCCAUUGACGACGCCUGCGCCGUCAUGUUGGCCAAGUCUGGCAUCAUCCCGGCGCUUAUUGAGCUGCUGAAUGCACGGCAGGAGGACGAUGAGUUUGUGUGUCAGAUCGUGUACGUCUUCUACCAGAUGGUGUUUCACCAAGCGACCCGAGACGUCAUCAUCAAAGACACCCAGGCUCCAGCUUACCUGAUCGAUCUGAUGCAUGACAAGAACACAGAGAUCAGGAAAGUGUGUGACAACACUCUGGACAUCAUCGCUGAGUAUGACGAGGAGUGGGGGAGGAAGAUCCAGUCGGAGAAAUUUCGCUUCCACAACAACCAGUGGCUGGAGAUGGUGGAGAGCCGGCAGGUGGACGAGGCUGAACCGUAUCUCUACGAUAACGACAACGACCGGGCGGAUCUUUUCUACAGCGCAGAUGGAAUCACCCCAGGAGAUGGCUCAGUCAGCCCAGACUUCUUCAGCGACCUGCAGCCUCAGAACGGAGACUCGCACCAUUCAGGAGACGUCAACGAUGUCUUUGACCAGACCGGCUCAUCGACAGGGCGACCAGCCACGGCCUACGGCUUCAGACCGGAUGAGCAGCCUUUCUAUCAGUACUCAUAGACCCGACUCAAUGCUAGGUUCAUUUCUCGCCAUCCUGCAUGCCCGUCUCUCUACUGCUUCUGUCUGUCUCGUCACGCCUGAACUUCUUGUAGCUGUUUACAAAGUGGCCACAUGCGCUGAAAUACAUUAUCUACUGGAGGUAAGGGCAGAAGCAUCCGGUUUAAUUCUGCUUUUAUACUUUCAUCUUUUUUUUAUUGGCAUUUUUAUUUAUUAUUGUCCUAAAAAAAAAAAGAUGUCUUCCUUUUUUCUGAUCAUCUUAGCAAAUAAUUAACACUAUGAAAGGACACGUGUGUUUUCAGAUGUGCAUGUUUUUAUCAUAUCAUACCAGUUAUUACAACUUAAAAAGCUAGUAAGAAUAGAAUAAAAAUCAACCUUUGUAGAUUUGACAUCGAUUUAAUUCCUCUAAUUCACAUCAGAGUUGUCUUUGAUGCACUAAAAUAUGCACAUAUUUGACUGCAACUAACGGUGGCGGUGUUGGCCUAAAGCAGGGUGUGGACCAAGUAGUUUUUCCUGAUUGGAUAAGUUGUUACAGUCCAUACUGAACAGAAACAGGGCGGGUGGGAAUGAAAUGAGAUUUUGAAGACUGUCUAAAUGAGCGUGAAUUGGUUUUGCAAGGCCUCUUCUAGCCAUUUCCCUGCUGCAAAGCUGCAGAAACCUUGUUUUUGUUU